AGUAAAACUACGACCAAAGAAAAACAUUAGUACACUAAAGUUAUAACUAUUGUUUGGUAAAACAAACAUCUCAUAUAUAGUACUACUACUACAUGCUAUACCAAAACACCCUAAGAAAUAAAUCAAUGACAACAAUGGUUAGAUCAAUCGAUCCUUUGGUCGUCGGAAGAGUGAUCGGAGAUGUCCUUGAUAUGUUUGUUCCGGUCGCCGAUUUUCGAGUCCAGUAUGGUACUAAACACAUAUUCAAUGGGUGCGAAAUCAAACCUUCCCUUGCUAUUGAAAGGCCUAUUGUUCAAAUUUCGGGGAUUCCGUCGACCGAUAAUCAUUAUUCGCUAAUCAUGGUUGAUCCAGAUGCUCCAAGUCCAAGUGAGCCGAAAAUGAGAGAAUGGCUUCAUUGGGUUGUUGCUGAUAUUCCGCAAGGGUUGGACGCUUCCAAAGGAAGAGAGUUGGUCGAGUACAUGGGACCAAAGCCACCAACCGGAAUACACCGGUACGUGUUUGUGUUGUUUAGACAGAAAGGGCCUAUUGCAAAGCCGUGGCAAUUGCCACACGCCCGUAACAACUUUAGCACUCGGAACUUUGCUAUACAAAACGGCCUCGGUUUACCGGUCGCCGCGGUUUACUUCAACUCUCAGAAAGAGGCUGCAAAAAAGAAACAUUAGCCGAGGGAAGUGUCCAUGCAUGGCUACACGAAUGAAGUGGUUAGGCUAGGGGAGUGUCCGUGGCUUCAUUGAUGAAGUGGUUAGCAUGUAGCGAUUAGUAUUGGGUGGGGAUGGAUUUUUGUUGUUUAAUUUUCUACGUGCGCACUCUACAUUUUGUGUUUAAAGUUUCCUCAAUGUACAAUACAUUACAGUUAUGUUAGCGUGGUUUAAUUAUA